ACCACUGUCUCCGCCACAGGAGCACACGCUCCUGUAACGGUCACCUCGCGCUGCCUCCUCCCCCCUUCCCCGCCGCAUUAAACACCGUGUACACACUCUCUUGCCCUCUCCUGCUCGCUGAUCUCUCUCCCUCCUUUUGUCCCUCUUUGCUUGAUUCGCGAAACCUGAAAGAGAAAUCAGAGAUGGAAGCGGCGAAGGUGCAGCACGUGAGCAAGGCGUCGUCCGACGAGCUCCUCCGCAAGUUCGCCGAGAUCGACGCCGAUCCCCCGGCGCGCGCCCCCGCCCACCUCCUCCGCGGGCCGAUCGUCGUCCGGAAGAAGUCUCGGCGCGCCGUCUCGGCCCUCUCCGCUCGGGAACUCUCCUCCCCCAGCGACGAGGCGAUCAGGGCGACGAGGAGGAGGAGGAGGAGGAGCAGCGGCGGGUUGGGGGAGUGGAAGUCCCUCCUUCCCAUCUCCAACCGCAGGCCCGCGUCCCUGCUCCGUAGGAUGGGGAUCCGACGGUCGGAGGAUGGCGGCGCCUCCGGUAUCGCGCUCUUUCUCGCCGCCGCCCUCGAAAAGACAUGGCGAAAGACUGUGGAAGGUGCAUCGAAGAUGUUCGUAGAAAAGCAGCGCCAGAAUCACGUUCGUCUUAUCAGCGACAUGGUCUAGAUCGGAUCACAGUAUAAACCCUCUAAAUCCCUAUUCUUUUCCUCUCAGUUCCAUAUCUUGAUCCAAGUAAAGGCCUUGUUUCUGCAAUGUUGCCCUAGAAGGAGUCAUUUCAUUUACUGCAGAUGAAAUUUGUGUUCCUAGCUUCUAUUCUCGUACAUCAUGAUGUAGGAUACUGUAGAAAUUAUGAAACUUGUGCACUAGAUUUGAGUAAUGCAUAUAUAUUUGGAACA